GUUUUUAUACAGAACAGAUCAAAUUUAUCUUUAUUAGACACCUCCCCCAGACACAGCCAGAACAAAGAACCCCAGAGCUCAGACUUCAUGUUUGCAGGAAACAUUUAUCGGUGUGAAAUGUGCAUUUGGUUUGAGCCUGUGAAAACUCAGAAUUUUUAUUGUUGUAUUGAUAAUUAUUAACAUUUCACACUUAAGUCUGUUCAGAUAAGAGCAAUGAAGACUGAAGCUACACCCAGUGAAUUUACUCCAUAGUCCUUCUGACAAGAGACCAGAGAGAUUAUUGAUUAUAAAAAGAACAAGGAAGGAUUGUGACCAGUUGUCUUCUUAAAUACAUUGCAGACAUGUCUGAGAAGAAGAAGAGGAAGCGGUCAACAUUGAGCAAGUCCCUUGAGCUCUGUGACCCAUCAGUCAGUUCACAGAUGAAUGAAGAUGAAGAGUUUCCGCAGCCCAGCUGUGUCUCCAUGAAAAGUGAUCGAUCCAUGGGAAUACCAUAUAACUUUGGAAAUGACAGAGGCCACCAGGAGGAGAAGUUAAGCAGCUGUUCAUAUAAGGAGGCUUCAGAAAAGGCUCCAAUUCUUUUCCUAUGUGGACACCGUUCAUGCAUACAGUGUGUGAGGUCAGAUCAGGAUUCAGCAAGAGAUCGGCCCUGCCCUGAGUGUGAAGAGAAAUUACAACAUACCAUCGACCAAGACACAGGAAACAUCCUUGCUGGGAACACAAAGAAGAAUCUAAAAAAUUGGAUGAAAAAUAAGUUUACUUUGACAUCUGAAGGUAAUGGUGACCAAGAAAUAUCACUGCAGAGCAUCUACACAACCCUCUACAUCACCACCACAGAGUGUGAAGGGCCACAAGAAGAACACGAGUUCAGACACCUUAAAAGUAAACUUAAAAGGCAGUCAUCACAAGACUACUCAGUCAACGUCCGUGACAUCUUCAGGUGCCUGCCUGGGCAAGAGAACCCCCACAGAACAGUUCUGACGAAGGGUGUCGCAGGGAUUGGAAAAUCAUUUACUGUGCAGAAAUUCAUCCUUGUCUGGGCUGAGGAGGAAGCCAACCAGGACGUGGAUUAUGUUUUCAGUCUUGCUUUCCGAGAGCUGAAUUUGGUCACAGGUGAGAAAAGCCUGCACAAGCUCCUGAUAGAUUUCCAUCCUGUACUCCACAGUCUGAAAGAGUCAGAGGAUUACAUUAGAACCAAGAUUAUCAUCAUCCUUGAUGGCCUGGAUGAAAGUAGACUUAGUCUGGACUUCGAGGGGAAUAAGGUGAUAACGUCUGUCAGAGAAGUAACAUCUGUGAGUAACCUCCUUGUCAACCUCAUCCAGGGAAACCUCCUUCCUGAUGCCAACCUCUGGAUAACUUCCCGUCCUGCAGCAGCCAAUCAGAUCCCUGCACAGUAUGUGGACAUGGUGACAGAGAUAAGAGGUUUCAGUGACCAACAGAAGGUGGAAUAUUUCAGGAGAAGAUAUAGUCAUGAUUCAGGUCUUGCUGAAAGGAUAAUAUCACAUAUACAGUCUUCUCAGCCUCUUGGCAUCAUGUGCCAGAUCCCAGUCUUCUGCUGGAUUUCUGCAGUCUUAUUUAAGGAGGUCCUUGCGGGAGAUGAAUACACUGAAAUUCCCCAGACACUGACAGGGAUGAUGGCACAUUUCCUGUUUGCCCAGACAAAACGUAGGAACAGAAAAUACGACAAAAAGACUGGGGAGAACAAAGAAGAGCUUCUGAAGACACACAAGGAAUUUCUUCUGAAACUCGGCAAGCUUGCCUUUGUUCAGCUUCAGGAGAACAAACUCAUCUUUUAUGAGGAAGACCUGGAAGAAUGCAGCAUUGACUUAAAAGAAGCAUCUAUCUACUCUGGAUUUUGCACCACAGUUAUUAGAGAGGAAGAUGUCUUUUCCCAAAAAAAGGUCUUCUUCUUUGUGCAUCUGACCAUACAGGAGUUCUUUGCAGCUCUCUAUGUCUACAACUGUCUGACAACCAACAAUACUGCAGGUCUAGGCAACUUCCUGAGUCAGGAAGAUAAAGAACACACUUUACUUGAUCUUCUAAAGAUGGUGGUUAACAAAGUGUUGGAGAAGAAGAAUGGACAUCUGGACUUCUUCCUGAGAUUCCUCCUUGGCCUCAUGGUUGAACCCAACCGAAGAAUCCUUCAGGGACUCCUGAUCCCGCCAGACCCAAGUCAAGAUGCCGACAAGAAAAUCUUGACUUACCUGAAAUCCAUCCGGAGGAAGGGUAUCUCUCCAGACAGUUGUAUGAACCUGUUCCAGACCAUGGUCGAGAUGAGAGACCACAAAAUCAAAGAUGAGAUUCAGGAAUAUCUCAAAGUGUUAGAUCAUUCAAAGGCAGAGUUGACUCCCCUGCACUGCUCUGCACUGGCCUACGUGCUGCAGGUUUCGAAGAAUGAUCUUGAUGUGUUGGAUCUGAAGAGUUAUAACACAUCAGAGGAAGGCAGAAGGAGGCUGAUACCAGCUGUGAGGAGCAGCAGAAAAGCAAUGCUAGCAGACUGCAACGUCAGUGCAGAGUGGGUUGAGCACCUGGCACUUGUUCUCAAGUUUUCCUACUCAGCUCUGAGAGAUCUGGACCUGAGCAACAACGACCUGAAAGAUUCAGGAGUCAAGACCCUUUGUGAUGGACUGUCAAAUGACUGCUGCAGACUGGAAACACUGAGGUUGUCAGGCUGUCUGGUUACAGAGACAGGCUGUGGUCAUUUGGCUUCAGCUCUACACUCCAACCCCUCCCAUCUGAUAGAGCUGGACCUGAGCUACAACCAUCCAGGCGACUCUGGAGAGAAGCUGCUCUGUGAGCUGAGGAACAAUCCGCAAUACAAACUCAGCAAACUCAACAUUGAAUAUGGCGGAAGUCACAGAAUCAAGCCAAGUUUCAAGAAAUAUGCAUGUGAGCUCACUUUGAAACCGAAUGCAACACACAAGAACCUGCUUCUCUCUGGAGGAAACACAAAGGUGACCUGGGUUUUGGACGAGCAGCCGAAUCUGCAUCACACAGAAAGGUUUGACCUCUGCCAACAGGUGCUUUGUGAACAGGGCCUAGAUGGGCGCUACUACUGGGAAGUGGAGGUGUUUGGACCCUUAAGCAUUGGGGUCACAUCCAGAGGAACGUACCCGAAAGGGGAGACAAGUGAUAUCAAGAUGGGACACGAUGACGAGUCUUGGUGUCUGGUUUGCUCCAACAGUGGUUAUUAUGUUUUGCACAACAACGAGAAAGUAGAUGUGUCUUCACAUGGAUGGCGCUCCAGUCGGGUGGGGGUGUAUCUGGAUUGGCCGGCUGGCACUCUGUCCUUCUACAGAGUAUCCACUGAUAAUCGGAUCCAUCUCCACACCUACAAAACAGCUUUUAAAGUACUGCUCUAUCCUGCCGUUGAGCUUCACACUCAGUCUUCUGCUUCAUUUUGUCAGCUGACAUAAUUAAACAUUAAUUGUGUUCACAUGAGCACCAACUUCGGUCAGAUUUAACCAUAUACACCUAAAUAACUGCUGUAGUUGUAGAUGUAAUAAUAUACUACUCUUAGACUUUACGUAUAUGACAGGAUUAACCACAGAGGUUUUUUACCAAGUAACUAAAAUUCCUAUCCCAACUGAUUAACCUGUCUGUAAUGGCAUCAAAAUAAUUACCAUAAUAGCUUUUAAGAUCACCAUGACAACAAUAACCUGGCAGCUAACAGCAAUAUUUUUGCCUAAUAACUCUAUACUGAAAAUUUAAAAUCAUUUACUACCUUCCAUUUUUUGCAUAUUAGCUGCCAUGUUAAACUGCAAUACUAGCCUUCACUGUUCUCUAUGUCAAAUCAUCAUGAAUGAAUAUGUAUUCAUUUUAUGCAUUUACAUUUGCCAUAACCCAGCAGUGCACCGAUUUUUUGAGGCAUCUCCCUUUUUUGCCUAAUUUUAAUGAGCUGGAGAAUAAUACAUUGUGGUACGCAAUACACCGUCCAGAUCGUCAUUUUGGCCAAUAUGGCGUAUCAUCUGGGUUGUUCACGUACUACUACUCACUAUGUAGCAUGGUCAUGCUUGUUACUGGCAGACUCUUGGCAGCUUACUGAAGACUAUUGUUGUUUUGGAACUUUUAAAUAUUGCAUGUGUUUUUUUUUCUUUGAUACAAGGUUCUGGGAAAUAUUUGUUCAGUGUAAUCUGGCAACAACUUAAAUACCUGAUAAUAGUACAAGCAGAACAGGAAGAAGAAUGGGCUUGUUAGUUUUCAUGGUCUUUCAUUUCAUCUGGGCAGCUCUGAAAACAUAUUACCGGCAUGUUCAUCAAGUUUAACACUUCUGUCUAAUAAAUUUUGUGUGUGGUGACAGCUUGUUUAGUUUGGUAUUGAGAAAGUAGUUAGUAGCAAGAGCAUAUAAUCAGUAAAUCCAUAUAUCAUCACUAGUUAGAAGCUUAACAUCUAUUUCGAACGGCAUUAACAAACUGGUAUCGACAAAGAGACAACUAAAACAGGCAGCUAUCGCAGUGAUAGUACUAACAGUUCUUCAAUUAUCCGUAUUCCUUUACCCUCCAAAAGCUGUAUCUAGCAGCAGAAAAUGAUACCAGUAUUUCCUCUUGUGUUGCUUAAUUCUUGUUUUGUUUUUUGUUUUUCUUCCCCUACCGAAUGUGUAGCUUUAACUGCUGUUCCCAAUUUGACCUUGUGGUUAUUCCUUCACCUUUAGUUGAUUUAAAUAAGGUCACCAAAGGAACUUGGAUUCACAGACAACUAACAACAUUUGUUGAUUUCUACAAGGAAAGAGAGGUCUAUUUGUUAACUUACCCUGUGAUACUGGCCUAUUGUAGUUUUUGCAUAAAAUCAUGUAUAAACAUGUAUUGUAGAAAAUCAUACCGUAGCUGUUUUGUGUAUGCGUUCACACUUGUAAUACCCCAGAAGUGCACUGAUUUUUUUUGAUUGUAUAGAUUUAAGAUAAGAUGGGGAAUGAUGCAUUGUGGGAUGCAGUACAUGGUGCAGAUAGCUAGUGAAGCCAUUUGGGAAGUAUAGCAGGAUUUUCUGAUUACUUUUGGUCAAAAUGUUGUGUGUUCAUGCUACUUUUUUUUUUUUUUUUUUAAAUUGGAAAUCUAAAAAUUGUCAAGUGUGUUCGUGUGGUUUGGGUAGGGUGGUUGGUACAAGGUUCUGGGAAUUUUUUAUUUUUUAUUUUUCCAGUCUAAUCUGUCAGCACUGAAAUAUCUUAAAAUAGAUCAAGCAGAACAGGGAGGAGAAUUUGUUUUCAUGUUCUAACACGUAGUGGCUUCUGUAAUCUGGUGCUUUAAUUUCUUCAGUGCAGCUCAGAAAACCUAUUUGCAGCAUUUUCAUUGAAUGUGUUGUUUAGUGAAAUGUUCAUGUGAAGACUUUAGAUAAAACAGUGUUUGACUUUAAACUGUAGUGCUUUUUACUUUUUAAUUUUACUUUUUAUUGACAUCUUGUUUGUGAACUUGACUUAAAGUAACACUUUUCAACUUCCUCUAAAGACAUUCCAACAUAUAAUCCAGUCUCCAGUAUUUGUGCUAAACUAAACUAAUCUGCUGAGUCAACUAAAAUUAGUAUAGAUACAAAAAUAGUAUUUUUCUGGAAAAGAUAUUAAACUAUUCCUUUUACGGUGCUUUUGUUUUACAGACUUUGCUCUCACGCUCAUAUGUAAUGAAUGUUUUUUAAGAAUAAACUUUCUGGAAGAAUGUCAA